UUCCCCCAGAAACUAUUUAAGAAACUGCGCCUGGAAAUGAAAUGUCUUGGGGCGGGGGAGAGUUCAUCGUCGCAUACUAAAGUUGCUGCCUGAAGUUAGCUAAUGUAUGGCGACAUUUUUGAACACAUAGCGACUCUUGGGAGUUUACACGCUAACUCUAUAUCUGUUAUUUGUGUUGUCAUAAACGUUAUAAAUGAUCCAUAAUCGCGGGACGUGGAGGAUGACCAGUAGGCGGUCAAAGAUGACAAGUGCAGUCGUGGCUGAAAGAUGUGUGCAGCGGUCACUUGGACACAUGUAGCAUGUAUCCUAGCUUAACUUGGACCAACAUGACACUUGACGUUUUCCAGAACACAACUCUCUGUUUGACUGCAUCUGCCACGUCCUACAGUCACCUGUUUUUAUUUCCAGACAAUUUAAAGGAGUUCGUUUAAAUGCGUGUAAAUGUUUAAUAGGUCCAAUAUUUAAUGUGAAUGUGAGCCAAAAGUUAGGAUACCUAACAGUAAGGUUUUACUGCACGUGUGUCCAAAGUGCGGCCCCCGUGCUGUUUUUGGUCUGCAGCUCAUUUUUCAUUGGCCCUCGGCAUAUUGUAAACAUGAAAUUCAUUAUUAAUGAGAUAUAUUAGUAGAUAUUACACGAUUCUGCUCCACAAAGCUUAGAUGUUGAUAUUUUGUUGAUGGCGUAGCAUUCAUAGUGCAGCAAUGUUAAAACAAUAUAGAAAUAUGUACAAAAAUAUCUUAUAAAGCAUGACUUGAACUUUAAUUUGAUACCUCAUACACCCCAAAUAUUAUAUAGGUUAGAGCAGAUUUUCCAUCCAUCCAUCUUCUAUGCCGCUUAUCCUCACCAGGGGUCGCGGGGGUAUGCUGGAGUCUAUCCCAGCUGACUUUGGGCAAGAGCUGGGGUACACCCUGGACCGGUCACCAGUCAAUCGCAGGGCACAUACAGACAAACAACCAUUCAGAGCAGACUUUAUACCAGAAAAUAGUGCCUGUGGUCCCCAUUGCUUUAACAAGACAAAAGCUGUGAUGGACCCACGGACCUUGGCAAGUACAACCGCACUACAAAAUAUAUAAUAACUUAGCUGUGAAAAUCUGUUUUAAAAGUCAACAUUUUUUUUUGACAAUCAAAAAGUCCAGGGAAGAAAAUCAAGUGUCAUAUUUGUUAUGUAUGUCUCACACUGCAGUGCAGCAGCACGCUGUGUAUUUGUUUUCACCCCACACUAACCACAAGAAAUACCUAGCUAUUAUCAAUGACAGGAAUGUAUCAAAUCCACCACUAUUUGAGAAAACCAAUGUUUUUUAAGCUAAAUUAUCCAUAUUUAAUUUGCUUUUAUAUUUACAAUCAAGGGGUCCAUAUUGAGAAUAGGGCAAUGCAAACGCAACAUGUGGUAAUUGCGGGUUAAAAAAAUACAUUCAUCUGCAAAUAGAUAUUUAAAUGAAUUCAUAUUCUAUAUACCGUUUAUCUUGUCCUGAAGCUGCGAUUCAUGAGUUUGAAAGGCUUAAAGUUGGACUUAGCAUUCAAAGCAUUCAUUUGAGUCGAUGCGGUCCGACGCUCAGUUUAAACCUGAUACAAAACUGAAGAGAACGAAGUAAUCUAGUUCACCAACAUGUAUAUGAAUGAAAAUACACCUGAUGUCAUGUGAAAAAAAAUAGUAUUUUUAAGGACGUCCCCACGGACUCUCCAAAUUGAUCACGCAUGCAUUGUGCCAGAUUUUUGCCUUGCUAAAAUGCGGGUUUUGUAACAUUGCUACACAGUGGAACAUCUGUUAGUGUCAUUAAUCCGUUCUAAGAAGGUCCGACCCAAACUGAAACGUACUUUUUCCAUAGGAAAUAAUGCAAAUCCAAUUGUGAAAGGAUAAAUGGACAUGUAAUGUCACUUUUACCUCGAAUGAAGACCUUUUUGUUGACAAAAAUGACGAUGACGAGGGAGGAGGGGAAGAGCGAGCCACACAGAUGACACAUUCAUACUUUGCCAUGAUUUAUUUAUUUUUUGACUUCUGGUUCUGGUUUUCCAGCUAACAGGCUGCUUACUGGGACAUUUUGUGAUUAAAAAUGCGUCAUGAACAGUUGGACUCCUAUAGUCUACCAAUAACACAAGACGCGUACGCUAACCGCGAAAUCUACUGUAUGCCAACUGAGGCAACAUCUUUGCGUAAAUUUUCAACAUAACCCGAAAAAUAAAAAGCCUAACUGGGGCGACGUAGGCGUACGCGGGUAGUAAAACCAAAAUGCAAUACAAUUCACAAGACUCAAAAGACCCACCGUUUUUGUCAGACUGGUCUUAUUUUAGUGGCCACAACAAAUGAAAGAAAUCAGUUUCAGUUGGAACAGGAAUGUGGAGGGAUGUGGUUUUUAUUUGCGUUGUUGUAGGCAACAUCAAGAGCGAUCCAGCUACAGGAGGCCAAGAAGGGGAAAACAAUAGAAUAGUUCAUUCCGUAGGGCUUUGUUUGAGUCUGUGGUGGCAAGCCAUGGCAAAUAUGGGUCAUGAUUACAUUGGUGAUAACAAGGGUAUUCUUUGUUGGUCGUGGAAAAGGUUUUGCAUUCACAACUGUUGGUGUGUGCGUGCGUGUGUGGGUGUGGGUGUCAGAAUGAAUGUGUUCCUGUGUCAAACUUUUGCCACCCAAAUACAGUCCAGGCAAUGUUUUAACAUUCUUUAAUGUUAAUCAAGUGUAGAAGGAAGUAGAUCACCUUAUACUAGAGCUUCCAAAGCGGACCAAAUUAUCCUACAAUGAUGUAAAGUGAAUUUAAAUUGUGGGUGCCGUCAUAAAACAUUUUUAACAUUCUUAAAGAAGUCAACCACUGUGAAAUGAAAAGUAAAACUAAAAUGAAGUUAAACUACUCACCAGGGGUGUCAUGAGACACUCACUUCACAAGACGACACACAAGAUUGGGUCUACUGUACGUUUCUUAAAAAUACGAUGAAAAAAUAUAAACGAUAUAUGACAAUAUAUUGCAACCUACUAAUUGAUGUUCAAAAUCUUCUAAAAAGGCUAAUCCAAUUUGUCAUAAUUCACGACAGUCAACAAAGAUCAAUGAUGGCAGUACGCAUGUCAGAGUUGGUGCCGAGCAUCACAACGAAGCUUUGUAAAGAACAAUGACCAAAAACAAACUUCAAAUUUCCCAACAUCUCCAGCUUUGUCUUCAGCCACUAUUUCUUGGUCCUGAUCUCCUUCUUUUUGCUUUCUCGUCACCAGGCUGUGACAGAUGUCCGCCACAGUACAAACGUUGCCAUGAGUAUGAAGGCGCUACUUCCAUGACCACUUUUGGUGUUGCUGUGUGCGGUGUCCUUUUGAUCUUGUCAUAUAUGAAGCGAGCUGCUAACUUGGACUCACGCUUCCACCCCAAAUGGCGGGCAAUCGCUGUGGUGGCUCUGCUGGCUGUUGUGCUCAUGUUGUUCCUGCACUGGCCAGUAAGGGGCAGACACACUCCUCCAGGUGGUUUCUCCCAUAACAGUUUGCAACUCUAUCAGAGUAACGACAACACGUUCAGGCGCACAAACACACAAAUCAGGCAAAGUAUCGCGCAAUACCACAAAAGGGACAAACCUUAUAAUGACACGUACCCUCUUAGUCCACCUGUGAAGACAAAGAACGGCAUCAGGUACUGCAUAGGAGUCAUUGCAGACCUGGACACUGCGUCACGGAGCUCCAAGGACCAGACAUGGUUCAGCUACAUGAGAAGGGGUCAUGUGACUGUUUCACAAAGUGCAGACAGAGUGGAUGUGGAAUGGGAUGAGGAGAUGAUCACACUGGAAACUCAUCUGGCAGAGAAAGGACGAGGUAUGGAGCUGUCUGAGUUGGUGGUCUUUAAUGGUCACCUGUACAGCGUGGACGACCGCACAGGCGUGGUGUACAGGAUUGAGGGCAGGCAGGCGAUCCCUUGGGUCAUACUGCCUGAUGGGGAUGGAUCUGUUUCUAAAGGCUUUAAGGCAGAGUGGCUUGCAGUGAAAGACGAGUGCCUGUAUGUUGGCGGUCUGGGAAAGGAGUGGACCACCACCUCUGGAGAGGUAGUGAACAACCAUCCAGAGUGGGUGAAAGUUGUUGGCUACCACGGUGAUACUAAGCAUGAGAACUGGGUGCCGCACUACAACGCCCUGCGCAGCGCAGCGGGCAUCAAGCCACCAGGCUAUCUUAUCCAUGAAUCAGCAGCAUGGAGCGAGCGGCUCCAGCGCUGGUUCUUCCUGCCUCGCCGUGCCAGUCACGAGCGCUAUGAAGAGACGACAGACGAGCGACGCGCUACCAACCUCUUGCUGUCCUGCCAGGCAGACUUCAGCGACAUAAGGGCGCAACGCGUUGGCCCUUUCAAUCCCACCCACGGCUUUUCCUCAUUCAAAUUUGUUCCGGACACAGACGAUCAGAUUAUUCUGGCCCUGAAAUCGGAAGAGGACGGUGGCAGGAUCGCCUCCUACAUGAUUGCCUUCACUCUCGACGGUCGGGUACUGAUGCCCGAGACCAAGAUAGGUGAUGUGAAGUAUGAAGGACUGGAAUUUAUUUAAUAUUGUUCAACAGAAAAGCACAAACGAACCGCGAUACAUUGUAAUAAUUGAGCAUGGAAAUAUAUUAGAAACUUCCAGUCCAAUAUACAUGUUGUCUUAUACAAAAACUGCUGGUCAGACUCUCAGGUGGACACAUUCAAAUAUGCAAAUUACUUAAAUGUAUCAACUCACUUUUUAAAAGGCCAUUUUUUCAUAUUUUUACUGACAAGAUUAUUACCAAACCAUACAAUACUGACUUGAGCUAUUUUAUUUAAACAUAGAUGGUUAAUAUAUUAAAUACUUUGUAUCUAAAACUGAAUAAAUUUAUCCCCAGUGUUUCAAUGUUGUGUAAUGGCUUCCUUUUUUAAGUCCAAUAUCAAAAUAUCAAUGCAACAGAUUAAUUACAAGGUCUUUAUUGAAUUUGAAAAUGUACAUUUGUGUAUUCAAAGUAUAUAAUAAUGUGUUACUUGUUAAACUGUAAAGAGUCCAGUCUAAGUGUUUCAUUGCUAUAAAAUGACACAAUCAUUUUUACAAAAAAUGGGGGUAAUUUCUUGUGAGUUUACAGGCUCGACCCCAGGGCGAUGACGUCGUGAGGGAGACCGGCCAUUUUGAUGGGGUUGAAGGAUCCAAGUUUAGCGUAGAAGUCGAGCAUCCUCCUUUCGCAGUGCCCCAGCUCACAGAAAACUCCCCUGGAACCUGAAAGGAAACCUAAGUGUUAUCUUUCUGGGGAGAGUCACAUGCCAGUUUUCCCAGUCAUGCAUCCCAGUACUUUUGUUAAUCAACGUACCACUGCUUUUAAUGGUGGACAACAUCUGUCCAAUCAUGUGCUUUACCGGCGAGGGAUCGCUGACCCUUGGCAGCAC